GUGAUAAGAACAGGGUGCGUAAUUUGUUAACCUAUAAAUACCAUCUGGCAUAAGUAACUCCUCACUGUCGUCAUGUUGAAGCUCGCAAUCUUUGCUGUUCUGGUCGCUGCUGCAACUGCAGCUAUCUCAUCUUCAUGUCUUCACGCCAUAUGCGUGGUGGAGUCUGGCUGCCAACCGCUUGGGUGUAAAUAUGACGUUAAUGGUAAUGCAUGUGGCUACUAUCAGAUCCAUACGGGCUAUUAUUCUGACUGCGGUAGUCCUGGAUCAAGUUGGCAGGCCUGUGCCAAGGACAAGUCCUGCGCCGACAGUUGCGUCAGGGCCUAUAUGAAUCGUUACGGCACCUACUGCACCGGAGGAAGGACUCCUACCUGCGAGGACUACGCCAGGAUUCACAAUGGCGGCCCCAAGGGCUGUGUACACAGCAACACACUCGGGUACUGGCACAAGGUCCAGACACACAUCGGUUAAUACGUCGAGUCAUGUAGCAUUCCUAGCGUUUGUUAAUACACAUGCUAAUUGCG